GUUCCCAGCAUCCUCCACUCCCGCCUGCUGCCUGUCGGCCUGUGGCCCACACCCGCAGCGGCUCUUCCAGGCUCCGGGUUCCAGUUGCGGCGAGUCUCGAUCUCAGGAUCCCCCGGGGACUCCGGCGGGUCUGCAGGACCGGCGCUGUCCAGUCCCGGCGGGACAUGGCCUUGAGGCUGGGCCGGCUAGGCGCGGGCCCCUGCUGGCGCGCGGUGCAGGGCGACUAUGGACGGCUGCGCGCUUGGUCCCCGCGCGGUGCGUCUGCUCGCGUCUGCAGGCUGCCUGGCACCGCUGGUACCCAGGCUCGCCGCGGGCUGGGCCACAGCCCCUCGGCUGGAGGCGGGUCCUGGCUGGGGACCGGGCUGGCCGCGGCGCUGGCGGGGCUGGCGGGGCUGGCAGCUGCCGCCUUCGGGCACGUGCAGCGGGCAGAGAUGGUGCCCAAGAGCUCGGGGGCGCGAAGCCCCUCGCCUGGCCGCAGGGAGGAGGACGACGACGAGCUGGCUCGCCGCUGCAGCGCCUUCAUGACCUCGCCAGUGACCGACCUGCGUGAGCUGCGGAGGAGGCCCGAGGACAUGAAGACCAAGAUGGAACUGAUGAUCAUGGAGACCCAGGCCCAGGUGUGUAGGGCGCUGGCACAAGUAGACGGGGUCGCCGACUUCUCUGUGGACCGAUGGGAGAGGAAGGAAGGAGGCGGUGGCAUCACCUGUGUGCUUCAGGAUGGGCGUGUGUUUGAAAAGGCUGGGGUGAGCAUUUCUGUCGUUCAUGGGAGUCUUUCUGAGGAAGCAGCAAGUCAGAUGAGAGGCAGAGGAAAAGUCCUGAAGAGGAAAGAUGGUAAAUUGCCAUUUACUGCUAUGGGUAUAAGCUCUGUGAUUCACCCCAAGAAUCCUUAUGCACCCACUAUGCAUUUCAACUACAGAUACUUUGAAGUUGAAGAAGCUGAUGGUGACACGCACUGGUGGUUUGGGGGUGGAUGUGACCUCACGCCAACAUACUUGAACCAAGAGGAUGCUGUCCAUUUUCAUCGCACUCUGAAGGAAGCUUGUGAUCAGCACGGGCCAGAUAUCUACCCCAAAUUUAAAAAAUGGUGUGAUGACUACUUCCAUAUAGUGCAUCGCGGGGAGCGGAGGGGCAUCGGAGGCAUCUUUUUUGAUGAUCUCAACUCUCCGUCCAAGGAGGAAGCAUUCCGCUUCGUUAAGACGUGUGCUGAAGCUGUGGUUCCCUCUUACGUUCCCAUUGUGAAAAAGCACUGUGAGGACACUUUCACCCCUCAGGAUAAGCUGUGGCAGCAGCUGAGGAGAGGACGGUACGUAGAAUUUAAUCUGGUGUAUGAUCGAGGCACCAAGUUUGGCCUCUUUACUCCAGGAUCCAGGAUCGAAAGCAUCUUGAUGUCUUUACCUCUAACAGCCCGAUGGGAGUACAUGCAUUCGCCCCCAGAGAAUUCCAAGGAGGCUGAAAUUCUGGAAGUCUUGCGCCAUCCGAAGGACUGGGUACACUGAUGCAGCAGACCGUUGUUCCAGGGCCUGGUGGACACAGGUGUGGUCUUCCUAUGCUGCUGCCACUGUGUGGCAGGCAGUCCUCUGUGCCUUACUGUCCCAGCCUUCUGCACUCUGGGCAGCACUUCUGUGGUGGGUGGUUUUGGAUCUUUUCCAGCUGUGGGGUGAGGUGGAUGGUGAUGGAAAACUGCCAGAUUCAUUGGAUGUGAAACCCAUUUGUACUUUUAGAAUCAUUUUCUAUGACCAGUUAAUUUGACAUUGUGUUUCCAGGUCUUAAGAUAAGGGAAUUUAAGUACUAUAAUAUGUUCCAGGAAGCUCUUCAUGUUGAUGGAAGUUUUAGUUUUUUUUGCCACAGAAAUUUAUCAGGGGAUACAUUUUAGCUUCAUUAGUUCAGUCAGGUUGGCCCUCUUGGUAACUUUAGAAUGCAAUUUGAAGCCUGGUGGUACAGAGGCAGGUGGAUCUCUGUGAGUUCGAGGCCAGCCUGGUCUACAGA